CCGGUUUCAAUUGUUAGGAAACUCGUAGUAUUCAAUUGUUACGAAACGCGUAGUACUUGGUACUGUCGCAUUGCACGCCCAUAAUAACUUUAAAGUAAGUACCAGUUUGAAAUUCACAAAGUAACUUUGGAUUGACGAUGAGCAAUCGUAACCAUUUCAGUUUUCUGGCGCUUGUUUUUGUGGUAGCACAAACAGCAAAUGAAAUCGUCGGGUUCUUAUUGCAAUCAAAUGGCAACCGGGCUUCGUCCGACAGAAAGCUGAAACUAAACGCCAACCUAAUCACGUUUGAUCUGGAUGAUACCAUUUUCCCUGUUGGACCGGUUGUCGCCGAUGCAAACAAAGCGCUUUUUGAACACAUGAAGGCGUUGGGAUGCGGUACAAACCAACAGGAGUAUCUUAAAACUACCAAGCAGAUUCGAAGCGAAUUGUCAGCAGAGAAUAAGGUGAUUACUUACACCGAACUGCGAAAGCGGGCUAUCCGAACCGAACUUCAGAAGUUUCUAGGAGAAAACGACGUGGACGAUUCCGUUGUAUUUAGGUCUUAUGACCUGUGGGAGGAACAUCGUCAUAUUGCGGCUGAAACUCAUCUCUACCCCGACACCGUUUCGAUGCUAGAGGAGUUGAAGAUCAACCACCCUGAUGCGGUCAUAGGAGCAAUCACGAAUGGAAAGGGGAAUCCGCUCAUGAUGGAUUCGAUUCGAGACUAUUUUGAUUUUUGUGUGAGUGGCGAAGAUGAGAACGUGUUCCCUCAGCGCAAACCAAGCGAAGGCAUCUACAAAGUUGCCCUGGAACGUUUCAAAGAAUUGUCGGAGGAAAGAACGGCCGAACCCAUAAACAUGGAGAACCAGUGCUGGAUACACAUUGGUGAUGACUUGGCAAACGAUGUUGGUGCCAGUGCAAAAUGCGGUGCGAAAGCCAUUUGGGUAGAUCUGGACGACACAUACGAUCAGUCGGCAUCUUCAAGAGAUGCAUCAAAGGAACAGCCAGCGUGGUCGACAGCAACAAAGGAAGAACUCGAAAAGAGAAUAAUGAUGAAUGAAAAGGCACAAGAAAAUGUUUCCGAGCGAGUUGCAACCUUGACGAUGAUACCAGCGGCCGUGAAUAGUAUUACAAAUUCAGUCGUUCAGACGUCAAAAAUAGAAUUGCCGAUGCAGUCCUUUGACCAAGAUAGUAGGUGAGUCAAUUCAGCUACUACAUAUACCACUUGCCCAAUGAAACAUCGCGAUAACAAGUUGCACACUCUCCUGAAUAGUACGGUACUAAUGGAGAAGUGCUAAAGUGUUGUGUGCAUUACUGGCUGGCUUGCUGGCUGUUGCUGACAAGGCAGUUGCAAUAGAGGGGGGAAAUGGGUUAUGAUAACCAUGAGAAUUGAUAAGAAAAAAGCAGUAGAGGCAACAAUUCCAAAUCAAUGCACCUUUUUUAUUACCUGAGCGCAGUUGUUCCUAACUGCUUUUAGCCUGAGUUAUUGUAGCCUUGUCUUUCCUUCUUCCGUUAUUGCUCUUGGACUGGUGCCAUGGGACAUUCUGGGCCUCUUGGCACUGUGGUGCCGGAUGUUCAUACCUUUGUUGUCUGAGAUUGUAAGGAUCUAAGUGGUCAAUUAUUUGA